AUGAGCGGCGCAUUAAGAGUUGUCGAACAGACACCGCGCGAGGACGAAUUCACCAGCCUCGAGGCACACCAGCAAGAAACACCCGGCAGCUUCUACGACGCCAAAGCCGUUUUGCACCACCGCGUCCAAAAUGCUACUCUAAAGGUGUCGGAACGUGACUUGGCCACCAACGCUGCCCUGCAAGCACUGCGCACUUCUGCCGGUCCUGGCGCUGCCCCUCACGCGUCUCCUCACUCGCACACCAAUGGCGACGGCGAGGAACCCAGAGUCGAGGUCACCAUCACACGCAUUUCCAUCUGGGUGACAUCAGACGACAUUUCGCAAACCGCCGAUGACGACCUCGAGACUGUUGAGCUUCUGUUGACACCUGAGCCUCGGGGAGACAGCCGCCCGAUUGAUGCAGCCGAGAAACUCUUCACUGCCGUGUCUGACUGCGCCGACCUACACCCUGAUCCCGAUGAGGAUGACCAAGAGCAAGAGCAGGAACCCGAGCCGGGAACCGGUGGCUGGAUUACUUCUGAGAACUUGCAAGACUUCAUGGACGAAAAUGGCGAGUUCCGUAUGCCUGAAGGUGGAAUUCUUGGUGCUGGUGCUGGUUCGGUCAGAACUGCCGAUCAAUUCGAGGAUGCCGAUGAUGGUGACGACGUCAACGGCGAAGAUGCUUCCGAUGAAACCAAAUGGCGCAGAACGAGCUGA